AUCGUCUCACACUCAGGCUGUCAGGUUUGUCUUGUCUCACAGAAGGGUUUUAUUAGUCUGGUUUCAGCUCUGACUUCCAACCCCUCUGAUCUAGACGAGCUGCAUCCUGGAGAAUCAGGACUGAAGCUGAAGGACCCCCACCAUCUUUGCCUUUCUGUCUCUGUGUGUUCCUUCAUGCAACACUGUGAGGAAGUGAAAGGGUUAACUUCACAUGAGUUUGACAACAGAACAAGUUCAGCUGGUUUUCUUAUCUCUCUGAAUGUGGACUCAAUGUCUGGGACUGGCAUAGUUUAACCAAUUGCUGACAGAGAGCACCUGAACUACAAGGAAAUGGAUAUUAGAAAAUCAAACUCCUGAAACAAUCAUAAAUCCCUCCGCUACUGAUGACUACAGGACAUAUUGGCAUCCACUACUGUCCAAAAAAGAAAAAGAAGAGGAGGUCACACUCCCCUACACCCAGUUGUGUGUCCAUGAAGAGUGAUCGAUCUAAGGAUUGGCCAGUCAAAUUUAAAGAGGGAGACUCAUCUACUGGACAUCCAAAAAAGAAGAAGAGGUCACACUCCCCUACACCCAGUUGUGUGUCCAUGAAGAGUGAUCAAUCUAAGGAUUGGCCAGUCAAAUUUAUAGAGGGAGACUCAUCUACUGGACAAUUCCAACCAGGUCAAGUAAAAUAUGUGGAAGUGCAGCAGAUUCACAAAUCCCACCUGCAGAAGAAGUUUCAGUGUCUGAUUGAGGGAAUCACGCAGCAGGGAGACACCAGACAGACCACAGAGGGGGGAGGAGGAGAGGUCAAUGAUGAACAUGAGGUCAGACAGAUAGAGAGGGCAUCCUGGAGAAAAGCAGCACAUGGCAGAUCCAUCAAAAGUAAUGACAUCUUUAAACCAUUAUCUGGGCAAGACAAAGUAAUCAGAACAGUUCUGACAAAGGGAGUGGCUGGCAUUGGAAAAACGGUAUCUGUGCAGAAGUUCAUUCUGGACUGGGCUGAAGGAACAGCCAAUCAGGAUGUCCAAUUCAUAUUUCCUCUUCCUUUCCGGGAGCUGAACCUGAUGAAGGAGAAGAAACUCAGUCUGGUGGAUCUCAUUCAGCACUUCUCCUCAGAAAUAAAAGAUUCAAGAGUCUUCGCCAGUUCCAAGCACAGAAUCAUGUUCAUCUUUGAUGGUCUGGAUGAGUGUCGACUUCCUCUAGAUUUCCACUCCAACCCAAGGUGUUGUGAUGUGACAGAGCCAGCCUCAAUGGACGUGCUGCUGACAAACCUCAUCCGGGGGAAUCUGCUUCCCUCUGCUCUUCUCUGGAUCACCACCCGACCAGCUGCAGCAAAUCAGGUCCCUUCUGAAUGCGUGGACCAGGUGACAGAAAUAAAAGGAUUCAACGACCCACAGAAAGAGGAAUACUUCAGGAGACAACUUAGUGAUGAGAACCUGGCUAGCAGAACCAUCACACACCUGAAGUCAUCCAGGAGCCUCUACAUCAUGUGCCACAUUCCAGUCUUCUGCUGGAUUUCAGCCACUGUUGUAGUGAGAACAUCAGAGGAAUCAGAGAGUUUAGAAAUGCCAAGGACUCUGACUCAGAUGUACACACGCUUCCUGAUCAUCCAGACAAACAUGAAAAAGUACAAGUACACAGAGAGAAAUGAGAGUGAUGAAGAGGUGAUUUUCAAACUGGGGAAACUGGCUUUCCAUCACCUGGAGAAGGGCAAUCUCAUCUUCUAUGUGGAUGACCUGAGAGAGUGUGGCAUUGAUGUCACAGAGGCAUCAGUGUAUUCAGGUGUGUGUACUCAGAUCUUCAGAGAGGAGUCUGGACUGUACCAGGGGAAGGUAUUCAGCUUUGUGCAUCUGAGCAUCCAAGAGUUUCUUGGAGCUUCUUAUGUCUUCCUGUGCUUUAGCAACAGGCAGAGAAACAUGCCUGACCAACAGCAAACCCCUCAGCUCUCUGCUCUGUUCAGAGAUGCAACACUUCAUGACCUACACAAGACCGCAGUGGACUUGGCCUUACAAAGUGAAAAUGGACACCUGGACCUUUUCCUCCGCUUCCUUCUGGGCCUCUCACUGGAGUCCAAUCAGAUUCUCUUAAAGCACAUGCUGCCACUGAGCAGUAGCCAAUCAGAUAGCUCAGAGCCAACAGUCCAGUAUAUCAAACAGAAGGUCAAAGAUCAGAGUAGCUCGGACAGAAGAAUCAACCUGUUCUACUGUCUGAAUGAGCUGAAUCACCAUGCUGUAGUGGAGGAGAAAAGGAGCUCAGGAACUCUGGGUGUAGACAUGCUCUUACCAGGGGAGUGGGAGAUUAAGAGAUUUGAAUUAAAGAUGUCAGAAGAGCAGCUGGCUGAGUUUGACCUGCAGAAGUACAUAAAGACUCCAGAGAAAGAUCAGACUGAACUCCUCAGUCCAGAUGAUGUUCUUCAGAGGCUGGUGCCAGUGGUCACAACAUCCACAUUAGCUGAGCUGAUUCGAUGUAAACUGACAGAGAAGAGCUGUUCUUAUCUGGCCUCUGCUCUGACCGCACACUCCUCAAGUCUCAGACUGCUGGACCUGAGUUACAAUGUGCUGCUGGACUCAGGAGUGGAACUUUUAUGUUCUGCACUUUGUCAUCAAAACUGCAAACUGGAGGAACUAAAGUUGACUGAAUGUGAUCUGACAGAGAAGAGCUGUUCCUAUCUGGUCUCUGCUCUGACCUCACACUCCUCAAGUCUCAGACUGCUGAACCUGAGUGAGAAUGAGCUGCUGGACUCAGGAGUGGAACUGUUAUGUUCUGCUCUUUGUCAUCAAAACUGCAAACUGGAGAAACUUGAGCUGUUUAAGUGUCAUCUGACAGAGAAGAGCUGUUCUUAUCUGACCUCUGCUCUGACCUCACACUCCUCAAGUCUCAGACAGCUGCACCUGAGUGGCAAUGAGCUGCUGGACUCAGGAGUGGAACUUUUAUCUUCUGCUCUGUGUCAUCAAAACUGCCAACUGGAGGAACUACAGCUAAUAGGCUGUAAUCUGACAGAUAAGAGCUGCUCACAUCUGGUAUCUGCUCUGACCUCACACUCCUCAAGUCUCAAAUACCUGGACCUGUCAGUCAAUGACCUGAGUGAAUCAGAUGUAGAGCAGCUCAUUGCUUUAGUGAAGGACCCACACUGUAAACUGGAGGAAUUACAGUGGCAAUACUGAGCAUCAGUGUGUAGAUCCAACAGCCUGAUCUGGAUUGGGUCUGUGGUGCAGAACCCCAGUGGAACAGUAGCCAUCUGUUCCAUAGCUGUGCCGCAUGUAUGUUGGUACACGGCCCUCCCGAUGCCUUAAGAGUUGAGUGAGAGAGUCAGCAUCCUGGGCUCUUAGUUCAGUUGGACUCCCGAUCCGUGGUGCUGCUGUUUGCGGGUUCAAGUGGAGGCGAGUGCAGGGCUGAACAGCACAUAGUUCAACACACUGCAGGUUACACAAUGAAGUGAGCAUAUGCACACAGGCACAGCCCUGAGCAGUAUAGGGAGCACACACACACACACACACACACACACACACACACACACACACACACACACACAGACACAGACACAGACACAGUAGAGUGUUGAUCCAUGACCCUGAGCUGGAUAGGGUCUGCAGUCAGGGAGCACACACACACACACACACACACACUAGAGUGUUGAUUCAUGACCCUGAGCUGGAUGGAAUCUAACCCUGUCCAGCAGCUCAUGAUGUGAGCACACACACUGUUAGGAUUUGCUAUUGCUCUGAUGUAUGUGACCUAAUGGACCGUUGGAUUUGUGUAGAUAUCUAUGAAAGUAGGCCUUUCACGAUAACAAAAUUUUGCUGGACGAUAAAUUGUCUCAGAAAUUAUUGCGAUAAGUGAUAAUAUUGUCGUUCUAAGAUCAUUUUCUUUAAGCAUCUCUUUAGCAAUGAAGCGAACUACACUGUCUGUGAGUGUAAUCCAUUUCGCACUGUCCUGUUUGUACUUGGUUUGUCGACUAAACGCCCCAGUGACUGUGCUCUGUCGGGAAGAGGAAGACGGCCCACUUGUUGUGUUGUUUUCCCCAACAGGGAGAACUG